UUCUUCAGGCUGACACUAGUUUCUGAGCCGGCGUCUUCUCUCAAAAGGACUCUCAGCAUUUGUUUCUGAGCUCUUUUUUGUCUUGCUUGACAACUCGUCACACCUCCUUUGGAGAACUCAGCCCAAAGAGGAGAAUCUUAGGAAUACGAGUUUCUGAAGAGUUUGUGGAGCCACCCGGUGUGUGUUUGUGUGUGUGUGUGGGGGAGAGAGAGAGAGAGAGAGAGAGAGAGAGAGAGAGAGAGAGAGAGAGAGGGCGGGAGGAGUCUCCGUGUCCAGAGUCUCCGUGUCCUGCCGGCUCCACUUGGUUCCUUGGCUGGUGCCCGCGUCGCAGCAGAGCGCGAGCCCGGCGCUCACUUCAGCGUCUGCCCUCGCCACAGCGGGGCACUGAGCUGGGCCGACGUGGAAUGCAACCUCUGGUGACCCCCUCCCACAAACCUCCAUUCAGUGAGCUGCACGGGCAAGUGUGGGGAUAAAAGACGAGGGGAGCGCGUCCAGAAAAGAGGAGCAUCAGCAGGGGAGUUUUGCCCGGCUGGUAAAGUUAGAGGGGGUAGAGGGGCCCCUCAGGGGUGCGAGAGGAGCUUAAGAGUCACAGGCAAAGGGAACUGCAAGAAAAGCGUGAGUACAAAAGACUUUUCUGGGCCGCUGGACACCGGCAAGCUCAAAAGACACUGACCGUUAGCCUCCGUUUCACCCCACUUUCAUUGAGCCCACUGCCGUCAUCGCUGACCUAAGCCGUCAUGCCGGUGGAGACCCUUCGUCCCUCAGAUGGGCGUUUGGCAGGGGGUCCUUUCACCUCAGCCAUGCCUUUCCGAAUCCUGAACAAGGGGCCAGGGUACUUUCGCAGGGCCCCUGAGCCUGCGGUCCGGAAGCUGAGCGCGGUGGAGCGCCUCGAGGCCGACAAGGCCAAGUACGUGAAAAGCCAGCAGGUGGCGCUCACCAGGCAGGAGCCUGUCAAGCCGCCCGUCAUCCGCAAGCCAUUGCUAUCGCCUGGCAUGGCGCUGCAGUGCCGGAUCAGUGCCCCGCCGGCCCGGAAGGUCCCCCGCAGGCCGUCGGACAGCGAGAACGGAGGGGGCGGAUUGCAGGGCCCUCGGAGGGGCCCACAGCUCAACCUGGAGGUCCUCAACAACCUCAUCAACAUCCCAGACGGGCCCCAGCUGUCGUCCCCCGCUCCCUCCUCGCCCUCAGCCUCCUUGCCCUCAUCCGGGGGGAGGAGUGUGGGGAGCGGACAGACGACGGCGCCUCUGCAGGGUUUCAGCUUUAAGGGACACCUGCUGCCGGCGCCAGACUCCUCCUCCGCUACUUCUCGCCUCCAUCCACCUCCCCCUGCUCCAGAGGCCGGCCGCCGGCCACCGCCCGUCCCGGCCAGAGCACCCCGGCUCCCCGCGGCGGGCACUUACGCCAGCCCCAACUCCGUGGCGGUCCGGCGGGUGGACGUGCGGCCGCAUGCAGAGGUGCGGAAGCCCCAGAGGACGCCCCUGCAGCCCCAGAGGAUGCCGCUGCAGCCCCAGCUCAAGCCCAGGCAGAUCGCACACCCCCAGGCUCCAUCUCUAGCCGCUACAGCCUCCCGGCCCCCCUCCCUCCCCACCCGCUCGCCAUCGCCCCGGCUGCCGCCCAGUCCCCUGGUGCUGCGGGCGGGUUUACUACCCCCGCCCUCCCCUGCCUUCACCCGCCUGUCGUCAGCGAGCUCACGGGGGUCACGGCCCGGCUCGUCACGCCGCCACCCCUCGCUACACCGCUCUAAGUCGGACCUGAGCGACCGUUACUCGCGCGCCACCGCCGACCUGGAGCGCUUCUUCAACUACUGCGGCCUGGACCCCGACGAGGUGGAGGGCAUGGGUGGAGUGGAGCACUUUGCCCGCGCCAGCUCUGACAUCAUCUCCGUCUCCAAGCUGCGCAGCGUCAGCGCACCCAGCUCUGAGUGUGGAGACAAUGGCCAGGCCCCCCGGGAGGAGGAGGACGAUGAUGACGAAGAUGAAGAUGGCCCUGCCCAGCCCAGCGGGCGUGUGCCUUAUGGCAUCUCGAUCAUUGAGAGGAAUGCACGUGUUAUCAAGUGGCUGUACGGCAUCCGACAGGCGCGGGACUCGCAAAAUGUCUCCAACGUGUGAACACCUGUUGCACUCUCUGAAGCGCCAAAACACAACUGAGAAGGAAGUUAGGGGGCAGAGACAUGAUCGAGCAUGUCCCAUACUGUUUCUCCUUUUACAUGCAAUAUAUUUAUGUUUUUUGAGACUUGAGACUUUCUUUUUUGACCUGAUAUAUAUUUUUAUUCUACAUUUGUGUUUAAUAUGUACAAUUUUUAUUUGCCUUACACUAAGUACAAUAAUGCUGGUUCUUGUACAUCUCACUUGUGUUACACCGGUUUAAAUUUCUUGCUUUUUCCCUCUGUUUUUGAAGCUUACCAGUCUGCUACAUCUUUUGAGCUGUAGUGACAAUUUACCUCAAAGGAAGAGAAGGAUACAGCAGACCAGACAGAGCUUUAGACAUUCUGCACACUGACUUUAAAAAUGAAAGUCAGCAAUAAAGCAAUAAUUAAAAUGGAUAUUAAUAUCCUUGUGAGAGUAACUGAAUUGAUGAUGCUGACGAUGAUGAUGAUGAUGAUGAUGAUGAUGACAGCAGUAGAUCUGCUGUAAUGGUGCUGUUUAGCUACAUAGUCUUUAUAUCAACUAGCAAUGCAAUGUGAGAACAGUGGCUGUAUUGAUCUCACUUGCCAGAACAAUAGCAGGGGCUUGGGAUUGACAACUGGCCCGGUACUGUUCAGAAGGUGAAUUUGUAAUUCUACAGUCCGAAUCAGGGAAUGACUCACAGCAGUUUGAAGGUGGCCGAGUGCCGUGGCGAAGUGUGAGAAGCCAGAGUACAGCCCUCGUGGGUAGGGGGCUCAGGGACCGCGGUCAGACAAACCCAGAUGCAUGCGCUCAGAGGACCGUUCACACACAGAGACCUGCCUUCUCUGUGCGCACACACCUCUGUGCCGGUGAUCUGCCGCGUGUGAGCGUGCCGAAGAGACAGGAGGGAGUGUUGAGACGCGGCCGCAGUGGGCCGCGAGAUUCGAUGAUACUGUGAAGGAACUCUCACUGAUUUCCAUAUCUGCAAGCGAGAGCUUCCGUUGGCAUGCACAUGUUUAGGUACACCUGAGAGGUUCCGUUAGCAAGCAAAGGUUUACGUACACGUAAGAGCUUCUGUUAACAUACACAUGUUUACGCAUACGUGAGAGCCUCGGUUAGCAUGCACACGUUUACGUACAGUAAUGUUUCCUUGAUGAUGUAUAGAAAGCCACUGCAGCAAAGCAUAGUUGCACUGACAAACAUUCCAACACUCACGACAGACGUGUUCAGCGUCCUGUUACGGUUUUUGUUGUUUGUUUUUGUUUGUUUAGGGCAUUCAGUUAACUUUGUGCCUCACAGCAUUUAAUUCUCUCUGUGCAGGUUUAUAUAUAAUUUGGCAGGACGGUUGCAUCAUGAGUCAGAUGGACACAAGCGGUAGGGAUGUAGGACAGCCUGAGGGGGCAGGACCACGUCUGGGUCGGAACUCUCGGGGGAAAGAACACACUUGUGUCGCUUUACUGGGCCGACGGAAAUCAAAUGGUUCUUUAAAGGGGAGUACCGAUGUAAUAGAGGUUUGCAGACCGAGAAAAAGUAUAUAAGACCUUUUUUUCACCUCGCAAUUUUGAGUUGUUUGUAACUGUUUGACACAGUUUGAUUUUAAAGCAGAGCAAACAUUCAAGUGCUGUUUGGAUUUUGAGUGUGGUCUAAAGCCUCUUAACAUACAGUAGUAAAACCAACAUGCUCGUGAACAGACACAACACACAUGCUAAUAUUAACAACACAAAUCCCAACAAGAGGUACACACAGCCAUGUUCUGUGGACAAUGAAGUAUGACUUGGGUUAUGUGUUGAGUCUGGUAGUGCUUUGAAGUUCAGCACGAAGACAUGAAAGAGUGAAUUUCUGAUGCAAAAUGUCUUCUAAAGAUGUCAAUAAAAAUGCAUUGUUUUU